AUGGCUAAUGACCGGGCCAAAAACGAGGCUGAGGUGACCACCUUUGUUAUACCAACCAUCCUCGGCCCCUACCAACCCGACCACCCGUCCGCUCUUCAGACAGGGUUUAAUAACCUCCAGCCGCUCACAGAUGGUACCAUCGCCCCACCACAACCGGAUAUCUAUUACGGAGCAGACCCGGGGGAGCUGGCUCGGCCAGUUCGCGACACGCUCAGCCACUACAUUAUGCCAUCGACUACGGAGGAUAGGCCCUGGGUACCCAACUUCUCGGUCGAGGUGAAGGGCCCAAAUGGUAGGCCAGCUGUGGCCACAAAACAAGCCCGUUACUACGGAGCUACUGGAUCGCGCGCAAUGUAUAGCCUACAGAACUACGGGGAGGAAGAACCAGAAUACGACGGUAAGGCGUACACAUACAGCUCAACUUACCACGACGGUACGCUUAAGUUAUACGCUCACCACCCCACGGCGCCAACAGAGGAAAAAGGCCGGCCCGAGUACCAUAUGAGCCAGAUACGGACAUUCGGUAUGACAGACACUCGUGACACUUUUGUCCAGGGAGCCACGGCAUUCAGAAAUACCAGGGACCUGGCAAAACGGCACCGAGACAGCUUUAUUCAGGCGGCAAACGCCAGAGCAUCGCAAGAGGACCCAGCCAUAGAUCAUUCCCUGUGGCUAGAUGGCGACGAGGAACUUCAACAAGCUAUUGCCGACGCCAACGGGUAUGACGUUCGAGACGGUGACGAAGCAACUGCCAGUCAUCAACCUCUCUAUACAGGAGGUGACCUGGAAGACCCGAGUCAAGACUCUGUGGCUCUCGGGGAUGGCCUAUCUGUAUCCGGUUUUACGUCGAGCUUUACUUCGAGCGUCAGCAGCGCAAAGCGCCUGAAGGAGCCAGUGAGUCCGCCCUCCCGCUCCAAGGGAAGCCGGUCGUCCAAAAGUCAUAAGCGGUCGAGAAAAUGA